CAUGUCCCAAGACAGGGAGGGCAAAGCUCGUCGCUUAUCUCACAGGCUUCAGGCGCUGAGAUGCAAUUGAUGUGCCGCGUUGUGGCUUCAAUAUUUCUGAAAACUUGGGUCGAGCCACUGGAUACCGCUUGGAGAAGAGUGGAGCAGGUUCUACUUGACCCAACUCCUUCCAGUAAAUGUUGAAAGACAUAGAGAUCAGGAAGGAGAGUUGGAAAUGGGUCUGCUGUUCGAACUCCUUGUUUUCCUCAGUCUGCGACUCAAUAUCUUUGCCAGCGCGAGGGAUUGUCGGGAGAAUGAGUUUCUGGAUGCCGACGGAAACUGCAAGUUCUGCAAAGAGUGUGGACCUGGACUGGAACUGACGAAGGACUGCGGUUUUGGAGUUGGGGCUGAUGCCGAGUGCCUGCCCUGCAGAUCCAACAGGUACAAGGAUGCUUGGGGACCACAGAAAUGCAAGCGGUGUCUCGUUUGCCCCCUGGUGAAUCGGUUUCGGGAAAUGAAUUGCACCGUGUCUAGCAAUGCUGUGUGCGGGAAAUGCUUGCCAGGAUUCUACAGGAAGACCCGACUUGGAGGAAUACUGGACAUGGAGUGUAUUCCCUGCAGUGAUCCAGUGGGCCCCAAUCAAUCCCAGUGUAUCUCCAGAACAAAUAUGGUGCGUGUUCCGAGCACUGACGCUCCUGCAGUCGACACUGCGCUUGUAGCCGUCAUCUGCAGUGCCCUGACAACAAUCCUACUGGCCGUCCUUCUUCUCUGUUUCAUCCACUGCAAACGGCUGAUUGCAGAAAAGCAGAGCAAUGGACACCAGAGGCCUCCAGUGAAUGAGAGAGUCAGAGUGGACUCUUCAUCUUCAGCGGGACAAAUGGGUGACACAAGCACAGAAGCUUUGAUGAAAUACAGCCGGAAUAUCAAUGUUGUGAAUAAUUCAGCACAGCCUUCAGGUUCAACAGAUGUGGUUCAGCCGAAAGAAGCACCAUUUACAUUAAGAUCUUGUUUUGUAACCUAUCUGUGUCCCUCAGGAUUUGAUGACCAGGACAGAAGCACUGUUACCUGCCCUGCAUUUCCCAGCUCCCUUCCACGUGGCUCCACUGAGUGCCAACCACUAGUUCAAGCAAUUGGCUGCAGUGAUUGCUCAAAUCCGAGUUCUUCGGAGGGUGGAACGGGGGGCAAGCUCCUUGGGGAUUGUGGUGAAUGUGCCCGCGUUGUGCCAGGAGGAGAUCCCUGCAACGCCGCCAUGGUGCACUGCGCCUCGGGCUGCCAGCGCAGACCGCAACACCUUCCCAUUGAGUGCACCGAGCUGGACCUGGAAGGGUAUCUGUCGGAUGUGCAGUCUGAUUGCAUUGUCAUGGCCCAGGAGACGGCAGCACACUACCAACCCUCAAGACCACAAGAAAGGCCAGCUCUAACGUCCGGUAGUGUUGGACCUGAUGCUUGUGGAAAGCAGUCAUGGAUGAGGGAACAUGUAGAGGGCAGAUCAGAGGAAUGCCACUGCAUUAGAUGUGGUGUGCACAUUUAGCUCCUGCAGAACCAGUGGGAAGCUUGGACAUUAGAGUUGGAUUUCUCCCCACUGAGCGAGCAGGGAAAGGGGCAUUUAGAAAAUGGUAGUUGUGCACAGAUGGAGGAUGACAGGAAGAUUUGAAACUACCUUGGCUUUUGUACCUUAACAUUGGUGCAAUCAGCCAGUGCGGUGAUUUGAUGUCGUGAGCCAUCGUGGAAUUCCCAUCAGUGGAAAAGCUAGUCGAAUUUAUGGCGUGAUGGACAUGGAUAACAAACAAUUAAUCUUUUGCAUUCAGGGCUUGAGUGAAACUAUUCUCUGGUAUGUUCGGGUAAUGGGUUUUGGGACCAAUUGAUGCUAAGGGAAUCAAAAACAUGUUGGUGUCUUAAAUUACAAGGGUCAUGCUGACCAUUUAAGCAAUCUGAUUUUGUUACAGAGGAACAUAUUUUGCCUGUUCAAUUCCUGUGAUAUUUUCAGUAAUGGGUUUCCCCUGUGGGAGAUGCAGAACUUCAGUUCUCUGCAUAUUGCUGAUAUCCAUUAUCAGUAGCUCAGUGGUAUUACAUUAUGUGUAACUGUCAAUGCAGCAGCUAAGCAAGGGCUCAAGAAACAAUCAAAGUGCCACCAGAAUACUAUUAUUCCCACUAGCCUUAAGG